AUAUUGAUAGCAUCUUUUAUUGUGAUGCCUGGUAUUGCUGGCGAGAUACAAGCGACGGCCUAACUUGAUAAAAGAGCCGUAUGAUCGGAAUUGAAUCGACCUUGGACAUUGAGCGCUGCGUUCAACAGGUCCGGUGAGCCGAGUAGUGACGCAGCAGCAUUACCCAGCCGAGAGCUUCCUCAACAGCCAAUCCAGCAGUCAACUGACAUCUCACGUUGGAGAAACAUCACACAGGUCUAUUUCAACAUGAAAAGCAUCACGUUAUGUUUGAUAGCUGUCAGCGUCGCUGUACUUCUUGUUAACGAGGUAUCAUCAGCAGGUAUCUACGAUGUAGAAGCUCAUGCCCAGAAACAUGAAGCAAAGUACGAGGACGAGCAUUACGAGAAGACCAAGAACAAGUUUUCAGGUAGCAAGAAACAUCGUCGCUCGGCAGAAUCCAGUGAAGAAGACGAGGAAAAAUCACCUUUCAGUUCCAUUGGUAAGGCUUUCGACUAUGUGAAGGACUCAGUAAAAGGCGCUUACCAUAAUGUUACAAACUCCGAUGCUGCCGCUAAAGUUUCUGAAUCAUUCGGAAAAUUCAAGGAUGGAAUCAAAGAGACCGGGAAAAAAGUGAAACAGGCCGUCCACGAAUACACAGCACCCAACACUGAUCAAGAGGGUGUCCUAGAGCACCUAGAAGUGAAAACGACGUGAGCCAGUCAGUGAGGCAGUGACUCCUUUAAAAUAGGGCAAGAACAAACUGAGACACACAGUACUAAUAGGCAGGCUAAGCGUGAAAUCUAUCCUAAAAUGUGAAUGAAGACUAAUAUUUAUCACACAACAGUGACAGUUCUACUGCUACUAUUAUACAUGCUAUUAAUGCAUCCAAAUAUUCUGAUUCCACUGUAUAAUUUUCAUUUCAUUAAAUAAUCAUUCCUGUUCCA